GUCUGGCUUUAAAGGAAGGUAGGAGCAAGAAAUGGCACUCUUUGCCCUGGCUAGAAAACAGAGAGCUGGGCUACCAGCAACAAGCAAUCAAUAACUUUCCUGAGCCUCGACAUGCUGCUUAUCACAGGCUUUUAAUAGGCAAAAAUACCUUUUGGUUCCAAUCUACACGAGUAUGAGUAUAUAAUAUUGCAACACAAGAGAACACCACAGUGUCCUCAGACAUUCACGGCUGAAGAUAUAGCAUGAGGGCUCCCAAAGAGUCCUAUGUGCUAUGCUGGUGUCCCUCUUGCAUGCAGUUUCAAUUGAUGCUCUAAAUAUAACAGACCCUCUUGCUCGAACUUCAAUUCAAAAAAGCUACGACCUUACAAAAUACCUGGAACACCAACUGCGCUCUCUGGCGGGACCAUAUCUAAAUUAUCUUGGCCCACCUUUCAACGAUCCGGACUUCAACCCUCCACGUGCUAUAGGACCAGAAACGAUUCCUAGUGCCUCAGUGGACCUUCACAUGUGGCGGAAUCUGAAUGACAGUCUGAGAUUGGCAGAAAACCACCGGGCAUACAGUGUUCUUCUUUGCUACUUACAAUCUAUUGAUAGUCAAGUUGCAAGAACUGAACUACGGAGGAGCUUGGGUCGCUUCUGUACAAGCCUACAAGGUCUUGUUGUCAGCAUUGCUGGGGUAAUGUCUUCUCUUGGCUACAAUCCCCCACCUGAACUUGCCACUUCUUCUCCUCAUCCUCCAGGUUUAGGAUUUGGGAAGAGUAAUGACUUUCUACGCAAGAUGGAGGACUUUUGGCUACUCAAGGAGCUGCAGAUUUGGCUUUGGAGGUCAGCAAAGGACUUUAAUCGAUUAAAAAGGAAAGUACCAGGCGUUGUGUCAUUUCGAAUGGAAUCUCGUGGCUUUUAAGAUAUGGGGUUGAUGAAACACAAGUAUAUUAUGAGCUUAUGGUUUAUUCAGUGACAAUAGGGAAGUGCAAAAAAUGCAGUCUCUGACAAGUCCAUAAAUAUGGUCUUUGGGCAUUUAGCUUCCCUGUCAUGACCAUGCACAUAUGUAACAGAUGUAACAUCUAAAAAUAAAGAAAAUGGGCAGAAGGUAAAGAUGUUUAACAAAAUGACAGUAGUUUAGCCCUGUCCCGAUUAAGGAAAACAAAGAAGACAGAUGGUGAAUUCAAGCACCAGUGUACAUUACUAGCUUAUAGCUUAGAUAGAGUUGGGAAUUCCCAGUUUAUUUUUUAAAAUGUUUAUUGUGGUGUUUUAUUAUGAAAGCCAUGACCCAAUAUUACCUUGGCCUUUAAAGGGAUUUUCCCUCAAACCACUCAAAGUUAGUCAAAUCAGAUGUGUACCACAUACAUACAGUAUAUGUAAAAAGGUACAUAUAUGCUCUUUAUAGUAAGUAUAGUAACUUACAUCCCGGUACAUUUCUUCUUCAUGGAUGCAGUCACUUCCUGGUUUCCACACUUUCUCACAAUCCCCUUUUUUGCAUGCAGAGUAGAGAAAUAUGAGUAAUAUGCAGUUGAACUGGGCAACAAGGCAAAACCAAGAAGGCUCAAACAGUACAUUCUAGAAAAUGCCUAUACAUUGGAAUUAUAUUUCAUUUCACAUAAUGCAUCAGUUUAGACAUAUUUGUAUGGAUCCCCCCCCCCCCCCCCAAAAUAGAAUUAACGAUGGGGGAAAGGGUUGGGGAGCCAUCCACUGUAGAGGUAGCUGGAGGGCUUAUACCUGCUUCUGUCCCUUUUAUGGCUCUGAAAUUGAUAGAGCCUGUCUGUAGAAGGCUCUAUCAAUAGAGCGUAGAAUACACCGAUCAAUGCAAUUCUAUUGAACUGCAUUCAUAUGUAUGAGGAAUAUAAUGAUUCCUUCUAAAAGUCCCCUAAGAGAACUAGUCAAGUAUAAAAAAAAAGUUUAAUAAGAGGUUUAAAACGCGCACAUGAACCCCAUAGUAAAAGUUCAAAUCAUUCUUUUUCCAAUUUUCCAUAUAAAAACAUGUAAAAAUAAUAAAAAUAAAAUCUUCACAUGGAGGAAUGUACGGCGCACUCACACAGUAAGUUGAUAGCAGCUAGAUGUCUCACUUCACGUCCAUUC